UCUCUCUCCGUCUCUCUACCUCAGUGUGUCUCUCCUCUCCCUCCCUCUCUCCCUCCCUCUCUCUGUCUCUCUCCCUCUCUCAGAGUCAGUCAGGCUGGGAGUCUCAUUGUUGUCAUUCACAGGCUGUUCUCCCAACUCUGCACUGAACACACCAGAAACACUCACAUCUCUCUCUCGCUCUCUCUCUCUCUCUCUCUUUCUCUCUCUCUCUCGCUCUCUCUCUCUCUAUGUUAUUCCUCUCUCACUCUAUCCACUCCCUCUCUCUCUCUCCCCUCACUCACUUUCCCUAACACUCUCCUCUCUUUUCCCCUCACCCCUCUCCUCUCUCCCCUCUCUAUCCAUUCCCCAAGCCUCUCUCCUCCUCUCACUCACCCUCCUCUCCCCUCCAUCCCUCCUUCUCCUCUCCCCUAUCCCUCUCGUCUACCCUUUCCCUCACCCUCCUCCCUCCCUCUCUCUCUCAGCUCUCCUGCCCUUUCCCUAAACCUCUCUCUAUUCUCUCUGUCUCCUCCCUCCCUCUCUCUCUCUCUCGCUCUCUCUCUCUCUCUCUCCUCCCUGCUUCUCUCUCUGAGCACGUCCAGUUCAGUUCAGCACAGGAGAGGAGAGGAGACGAGAGGAGAGGAGACGAGAGGAGAGGAGAGGGACACACACACAACACCGCGCACGCACACACACAGAACAGAAGCUACCCUCCCAGCUAAGAGCAGCGAGCGAAGGGAGGGAGAGACAGAAAGCUCCAGUCUCUGACUGAGCAACAGAAGCCUCCAUAAUUUGUUCAUUUCCGCUGUUUAGCUCAGAGAGAGAGAGGGAGAGAGGGAGAGAGAGAGAGAGACGGAGAGAGAGAGAGAGAGAGAGAGAGACGGAGAGAGAGAGAGAGAGAGACGGAGAGAGAGAGACAGACAGAGGGAUCAUUCCCAUCAAACACACUCUCAACAACAUCACUGUAACUCACAGUCUGAAGACUUCUGAUCUUUUCAGAAUUAUUAUUAUUAUUAUUAUUAUUAUUAUUAUUAUUAUUAUUAUUAUUAUUAUUAUUAUUAAUGAUAUAUAUUUUUGGAAGGAUUUGCAGAGAGUCGUAUCAACGUUCAGAAUUGUUUGACGUUUUUUUUUUUAAUUGGACAUUUUGUUUUGCGGGGACGGGGGACAGGGGACCGCAAUCUGGACAUUGUGGACAACAACUUGGACCCCAGAAAGAAAAAGAAAAGGAUUUAUUUUUUAUUUUUAUUUUAUUUUUGAUUUAUUUAUUUUUUUGAAUCGUGGUCUUUUUGCGAUGUUUCCGAAAGACUGAACGACAGAACGAGAAAGAGGAAGGAGAGAAAGAGAGGGAAGGGAGGAGGAAGGAGACGAGAGCAGAAUACAAGCUGAAUGAAAAUGUUUUCAACUGAAGAGCUGAAGAAAUAGAACCUGUCUGUCUGUCUGUCUGUCUGUCUGUCUGUCUGUCUGUCUGUGUGUCUGUCUGUGUGUGUGUGUGUCUGUCUGACUGUCUGUCUGUCUUUCUGUCUGUGUGUCUGUCUGUCUGUCUGUGUGUCUGUCUGUGUGUCUGUCUGUCUGUCUGUGUGUCUCUCUGUCUGUGUGUCUGUCUGUCUGUCUGUCUGUCUGUCUGUGUGUCUCUCUGUCUGUCUGUCUGUCUGUGUGUCUCUCUGCCUGUCUGUCUGUCUGUCUGUCUGUGUGUCUGUGUGUCUCUCUGUCUGUCUGUCUGUCUGUGUGUCUCUCUGUCUGUCUGUGUGUCUGUGUGUCUCUCUGUCUGUCUGUCUGUCUGUGUGUCUGUCUGUGUGUCUUUGUCUCUGUCUGUCUGUCUGUCUGUCUGUCUGUCUGUCUGUCUGUCUGUGUGUCUCUCUGUCUGUGUGUGUGCCUGUCUGCCUGUCUGUGUGUGUGUGUGUCUGUGUGUCUGUCUGUCUGUCUGUCUGUCUGUCUGUCUGUCUGUCUGUCUGUGUGUCGACAUCACGGCAAGAAAAAGAUUUCUCUCGAGAGACUCCAGAGGGACUCAGAAGGAGGAGAUUCUUUGGCUGACGAGCUGAGCGACAGAAAAAUAACAAAAUAAUACAAAUACACCCCCCCCCCCCCGCCCCCCCCAGCGAGGCAGCGAGAUAAAGACAGGGGGGGGAACGCCUGAAAACAAAACAGAAUAAAAACACAGAGUGAGAGAGCGAGAGCGACGGAGUGGAACGAAGCAGGAGGAGGAGAAGAAAAGGAGGAGAGAGAGAGAGAGAGAGAGGGGACCCCCCCCCCCCACACACACACACACAGCUGUGAAGAGCGACAGCCCACGAAGGACUCCAUGAGAGCGAGAGACAGAGACAACUAAAGAAAGAGGGACAGCGAGACAAAGAGAAAGACAGAAAGGAGGGGAAAAGAGAGCGAGAGAGGGACAGCAGCAAGGUAAUUCAAAAGAAAGAAAGAAAGAGUAUUUCUUCCUCCAGUCGUUCCUUGGAGUUUUCUGGCGUGUUUUCAGUUCUGUCUGUGAAACGCGCGCGCUUCGUUUCGCUGGGAAACAGGAAGUCCUUUUUAUUUGAGCCUGUGUGAAGACGGCGAGGCUGCAGAGAGGCGGGUCGACUCGCUUCACACACAAACGCUGCUCCGCGUGGCUCAGACACACACGCCCCUCUGUCUGCUUUACCAGGGAUGAAGGGAAGAGACGGAGUCUGACAAGAGAGGACUGAGACAGCGACGGGAGGAACCCCAAAAACACAAGCGCGUGGGGGGUCAGUGAAAGUUCCCUACUGUUCCGUAGCAUUUCCUGAUUUUGGGAAAUCGGGAUUUAAAACAGCAGCACGGACUCACCGGCGGAGCGGAGCGGAGCAGCACUGGGAGGCACUGGGAGGCACUGGUUAUCCUGUCCUUAACUGUGACAACUAGCAAAGAUUGAGCUGUCCUCGUUUCUCUCGGCUCCCUCCAGGAAUCUCCAGCAGCUUCUCCACUUCAACAGCAAAACAGCAAACCGGCAGCUCUGAACACAGGCUGGGAAUCAUUCGCAAGGAGAGGAGAGGAGCCCGAGGAGGGAGAAGGCAAAGCUCCAGGCGGAUCCCAGCGAGGGAGGAGCCCGCCUGCCCGUCGCCAUGGCGCCCCUGCCCCCGCCCGAGCUGUGUGACUGGCUGGUCCUGGCGGUGCUGCUGGUGUCGGCCGUGCUCUCGGACCCCCUGAGCCGCUGCCCCCUGGAGUGCCGCUGCGACGCAGGCUUCAUCUACUGCAACGACCGUGGGCUGACGGCCGCGCCCCGCUCCCUGCCCCCCGACGCCUCGGUGCUGUACCUCCAGAACAACCGCAUCCCGAACUCGGGGCUCCCCGCGGAGCUGCGCGGCCGCACCUCGCUGCGGGUCGUCUACCUGUACGGGAACCAGCUGGACCAGUUCCCCUCGGAGCUGCCCCCCUCGCUGCGGGAGCUCCACCUGCAGGACAACAACAUCCGAAGCCUGCCCCGGGCCGCCCUGGCGCGCCUGCCCCUGCUGGAGAAGCUGCACCUGGACGACAACUCCGUCUCCACGGCCAGCAUCGAGGAGGACGCCUUCCGGGACAGCCGGAGACUCAAGCUGCUCUUCCUCUCCAGGAACCACCUGAGCAGCAUCCCCUCCGGCCUGCCCCCAGCCCUGGAGGAGCUCCGGGUCGAUGACAACCGCAUCUCCACCGUCCCCGAGCACGCCUUCCGGGGCCUGGCCAGCCUGCGCCGGCUGGUGAUGGACGGCAACCUGCUGGCCAACCAGCGCAUCGCCGACGAUGCCUUCGCCAGGCUGGGGAACCUGACCGAGCUGUCCCUGGUGCGGAACUCCCUGCUGGCCCCUCCUGCCAACCUGCCUGCCCCCCGGCUGCAGAGGCUCUACCUGCAGGAGAACGCCAUCGGCCACGUGCCGCGCGACGCCCUGCGGGGGAUGAGGAGGCUGGAGAGGCUGGAUCUCUCCAGCAACAACCUGACCUCUCUGCCCACCGGGCUCUUCCGCGACCUGGACAGCCUCUCCCAGCUCCUGCUGCGCAGCAACCCCUGGGCGUGCGGCUGCGGGCUUCUGUGGCUGCGGGACUGGGUGAGGGCAGCGUCGGCCAGCGUGAACGUGCGCGGGCUCAUGUGCCAGUCCCCCGAUAGGGUCCGGGGCAUGGCGAUCAAGGACAUAACCACGGAGAUCGACGGCUGUCUGGACCAGCAGCAGCCCCUCCCGGCCCCACCGGGCCCCGCAGCCACCCAGCUGCCCCCGCCCCAGGGGUCUCUGUUCACCCUCAAAUCCAAACGGCCUGGGGUUCGAAUGCCGGGUCCCGACAGCCCCUCGGACGGCCCGUCCUUGUCUCUGACCGUGAAGCCGGUCUCUCCCGACAGCAUUCAGGUGAGCUGGAGAGCCGCGGCCCCCCGAGCCAGCUCCUUCAGGCUGAGCUGGCUGAGGCUGGGGGCCAGCCCAGCUGUGGGGUCCAUCACGGAGACGCUGGUGCAGGGGGACAGGCGGGAGUACCUCCUCACGGCUCUGGAGCCCCAAUCCACCUACAUCAUCUGCGUGGGCGGCAUGCAGCCUCACGACGAGACGCCCGUCUGCGCCAAGACCGCCACCUCGGAGGCCGGUGGGGGGGAGGAGGAGAGGGGCUCCCCGCUGGACCGGGACUCGGACCGGCUGGGCGUCCUGUCGCUGGCCGGGGUUAUCGGAGGCGCCACGGCGCUGGUUUCCCUGCUGCUCAUUUUUUCCAUCUUCUGCUGGUACAGCCACAAGUCCGGACUGCUGCUGUCCAGCGGCCCCCAGGCCAGCUACAGCCGGGGCAGCAGGAAGGGAGACGACUACCUGGAGGCCGGGACCAAGAAGGACAACUCCAUCCUGGAGGUCAGGGGCCCCGGGCUCCAAAUGACCGCCCUGAACAACCAGCAGCCCCCCAGAGAGGAGUACGUGAUCCACACCAUCUUCCCAUCCAACGGGACCAGCCUGUACAGAGGCACCCACACCGUCGGCUACGGGAGCAACCGGGGGUACAGGGAGGGAGACAUUCCAGACAUCGAUUACUACCACACCUGAUCAGAGAGCAAACAGAGAGCCAUUACUACCACACCUGAUCAGAGAGCAAACAGAGAGCCAUUACUACCACACCUGAUCAGAGAGCAAACAGAUAUUGAUUACUCCUUAUACCUGAUCAGAGACAAUCCUGAUAUUGAUUACUCCUCAUACCUGAUCAGAGACCAAACAGAUAUUGAUUACUCCUUAUACCUGAUCAGAGACAAUCCAGAUAUUGAUUACUCCUCAUACCUGAUCAGAGACAAUCCUGAUAUUGAUUACUCCUCAUACCUGAUCAGAGACAAUCCUGAUAUUGAUUACUCCUCAUACCUGAUCAGAGACAAUCCUGAUAUUGAUUACUCCUCAUACCUGAUCAGAGACAAUCCUGAUAUUGAUUACUCCUCAUACCUGAUCAGAGACAAUCCAGAUAUUGAUUACUCCCACACACGAUCAGAGACAAUCCUGAUAUUGAUUACUCCCACACGCGAUCAGAGACAAUCCUGAUAUUGAUUACUCCUCAUACCUGAUCAGAGACAAUCCUGAUAUUGAUUACUCCUCAUACCUGAUCAGAGACAAUCCUGAUAUUGAUUACUCCCACACACGAUCAGAGACAAUCCAGAUAUUGAUUACUCCUCAUACCUGAUCAGAGACAAUCCUGAUAUUGAUUACUCCUCAUACCUGAUCAGAGACAAUCCUGAUAUUGAUUACUCCUCAUACCUGAUCAGAGACAAUCCUGAUAUUGAUCAGAAAUGAUGAUGAUGACUGAUAAUCUUUACAAUGGCUGCAGAAAAUCAAUCUGUGUAAUAGUACUGAACUGAAGUAAAGACAGGGCUGCGUGUUUUGUAAGGCUUGAGGAUAGAGCACCUCUAUUUUCUUACAGUAAAACGAUGGAGUUGUUUCAUUGGACUGAUAAAGACUCUAACGGAGGGAGGACUGGGUUCUGAGCUCCUGUAACUCGGAGAUUUCAUUCACUGCGUUUUUUUUCUUAUAGGGAGGAAGGGCAAGAAUAUGUUGUUGUUUUUUUUAAUUUUUAGACAUUUUUAAGGGAUGGGAUGAAAUUCCCAGACAGGGAGUUACUGAGAGACAGAAAUCAGAAGGAUGCUGAACACUAAAAAAAUCAAAUCAAAUACAACAGAAUUAUAAUUUCAAUCAAAAAAAAAAAUAGCCUAUUUUGUGUAAGUUUUUUUUAAUGACUAUUAUUAAAUGGAAGUGUGGACAAAAAAA